GCUCUCCACGUUUUAAUUUUUCAGUGUAAAAGAUUGAAUCGCCUACCCCCAUCAUACUUAGAACGCACUUUACAGAACUCCCCUCCCCGUAUCUCGAAAUCGCUCAUUUAGCGAAUAUCGACUCGAGAAGCCGAUCCUGAGGCCGCGAGUUUGUAACCAGCUGGGGCCUGAGGACCCCUCUCGCCUCUUCCCCAGCGGCUGGAAAACGGCGGGGGCUGCGGAGGUGCCCUGUGUGUCCCAGCGUCUGGGGUCUGAGGACUGGGGGGCUAGGACAGUGCCGCCAGCCGUGCUGUCACCCUGGCGUCAUGUGCACCGCUCGCUCUCAGGACACCGGGGACCCGUGCGCAGGCAGGUACAGAGAACAGUAAUUAUCAUACGAAGAGCAAGAAAGGCAAAGAAAAUCCUUUUCAUUUUCAAUUGGGCAAUUAAGCAGAAACUGCAAAUUAUAGUAUGAAGAAGGGAGGGGGAAGAACAAGCCGGAUCAGAAGACGAAAACUCUUUGGGAAUUCUGAAUCAAGAGGAGUGAAUGAGAGCUACAAGCCUGAAUUUAUAGAGCUGAAGAAGUGGCUGAAAGAUAGGAACUUUGAAGAUACAAACUUAAUACCUGCUCGUUUUCCAGGUACAGGAAGGGGGCUGAUGAGCAAAACAUCCCUACAGGAGGGACAGCUGGUUAUCGCGUUGCCUGAGAGCUGCCUGCUCACCACGGACACGGUGCUUCGGAGCUACUUAGGGCCGUACGUUGCUAAGUGGCAGCCUCCUCCAUCCCCGCUGCUGGCUCUGUGCACCUUUUUAGUUUCAGAAAAGCAUGCUGGGGAUCAGUCUCCCUGGAAGCCGUACCUGGAGGUUUUGCCGAAGACCUACACCUGCCCUGUUUGUUUGGAACCGGAAGUGGUGAAUCUCCUUCCCGGACCAUUGAAAUCAAAGGCCAGAGAGCAGAGAACCCGCGUGUGGGAGUUCUUUUCUUCCUCCAGAGACUUCUUCUCUUCUCUGCAGCCUCUGUUUCCCGAGGCUGUUGAGAGCAUCUUUAGCUAUAGUGCCCUGCUGUGGGCUUGGUGCACCGUAAACACCCGGGCUGUGUACAUGAAGCACCGGCCCAGGCAGUGCUUUUCCACAGAGCCCGACACCUGUGCACUCGCCCCCUACCUGGAUCUGCUGAACCACAGCCCCGCCGUCCAGGUGAAAGCUGCGUUCAAUGAGGAAAGCCGUUGUUACGAAAUUAGAACGGCUACCAGCUGUAGAAAACACGAAGAGGUAUUCAUCUGCUACGGCCCUCAUGGUAACCACCGUCUGCUCCUGGAAUACGGAUUUGUUUCCCCCCGUAAUCCACACGCUUGUGUUUAUGUCCCAAAAGAUAUACUUGUGAAAUAUCUUCCAUCGACAGAUAAACAGAUGAACAAAAAGAUUUCCAUUUUAAAGGAUCAUGACUUUAUAGAAAAUCUGACAUUUGGAUGGGAUGGACCGUCCUGGCGGCUACUCACAGCUCUGAAGGUGUUAUGUCUGGGAGCUGAAGAUUUCACCUGUUGGAAAAAAGUACUUCUUGGGGAAAUAAUUUCAGAUGCACAUGAAAAGACAAGUUUGGACAUAGCCCAGAAAAUAUGCCAUUAUUUCAUAGAGGAGACUAAUGCUAUGCUUCAGAAGAUCUCUCAUAUGAAAGAUGAAGACGUGGCUUUGAUAAGCCAACUAACUUUGGUAGAAACACUGCGGACAGAAGAGCUGAAGAUUCUCCAGGCCUCGGCUGAGAUCCUAGCUGGUUUGCAAACAGCUUUUAUGUAACUUCAGUGUGUGUGAUCACCUCCUGUGGUGGGUGUCCCUUCUUAAACAUUUUUAAACUAAGGUUUAUUUUAUAUAGAAUCAUUAACACUCAGUGAUUGGUUUCUAUUAAACAAUUAUCUGCUGA